UAUUUUUACAAGAAAGAAAUGCUUGCCUAUGUCAUAAAUAAAAGACCAAAUUAUUUAAUGACGUCAUUCAAGAAACCACAUUAGAAAUUCGGUAGAUUCGUAUUAUCAUGGCCACCCCUGACAUAUAGAGACGAGAGAGAAAGAAAAUAAAAGUGUAGGAAGAAAGGGAGCGUACGUUGUAGAGCGAGAAAAAAGAGAAGAGGGGAGGACAGGUGGUGCGCGAGGGUUCGACGAGGACGAGGAUAUAAAUACGGGGUGUGGAAAAAGCGGAUAGAGAGAGAAAGUGGGGGAUGCUUCUAGAGAGGGUAGAUAUUCUACACGCUCCGUGCGCAAACGUAUACAAGAUGCCUCUGCGCCGCGUGAAGCGUGACGAGGAAUGAAAACUGUAAAGAGAGAAAGAGACCAAGUGACGGGAGGGAAAAAGGGGGAGGAAGAAAGAGAAAGAGAGAGAGAGAGAGAGAGAGAGAGACGCGUGCAGCAUACGAAAGACGGCGGUGGCGUUUCUUCGGUGAGGUAUCGCGAACGAGCUCGACGAAGAGAAGGGAGCAUCAUCGGUGCAAUGAAGUCAACAAGGAUAGAAAUAACGCUGGCGAAGCGAGAUAGAUGAAGAUGGAGAUACCUUGGCGGGAGAUACCAUCGGCGCGAGUGGAGUAGACGACGACGAUAGCGCUAUCGGCGUGGUGAUAUAAUAAAUAAGGAUGAAGCGACCACCCGAACAGCUGUGGAACAGACAAGAAUGGAAAUACCAUCGACGCGAUGAAGAAGACGAAGACGAAAGUAUCAGCGGCGCGUCGUAACCGACGAGGACAAAGUUGGAGCGAGACGGAAAAGAGAUGGCGAAGAGGGUGAAGAGAGGAGGGGUAAAGCGUAGAGGGGUGAGAGAACGGGGUGACCGCGUCUGGCUAGCUCGAGACACCACUCCCCACUCGGUCUGGCCGCUCUCUCCUCUAGCUUCCUCUCUUUCUCUCUCUCUCUCCUCUUUCAGUGUUCGUUCGAACGCGGCCCGGUACGGUUCUGCUGCCCCCGUGGUGUCGAAGGGUCACCGCUUCGUGAUGGGAGCUCACUGCCGUGGUGGUAUUGGCGGGUUUCCUCGGUAGCCGAUUCCUGACGCCGAAUGUACCCUCCUCAGGGUGGCCCGCACGGCGGUUCUAGUUCGUCUUUUCGGUAAGGGUAGGUGUGCGUGAGAGGAGGAAAGUCAACGGGGUGGAAGUGCGUGAAAAGUGUGCGAGAAAAGACGGAACAGUGAGAGACAGAAAAUAAACCUCCUUCAAGGCUGUCCGAUAAGCCAAACGAUGUCGAGGACCUCGAUUAGGAGACAGAGUUAAAUAAGGAGGCUGGAGAAAUUUGCUCGCGCUGCUCCAGAAUUAUCAACGGUGCAGUUGUUGUUAUUCACGUAGAAUCCCUUCGCUGUCAGUAAAAACCACCACAUCUACGUCGCACGAAUUCGUUUGAGUUUUCGAGGUCAUCGUACGUUAAUCAGUGUCAGUUAGUCAAAAGUUAUAAAAGAAGAAAAAGCAAAAAAAAGCAGCAUUUUUUUUCCAACAUUUUCUGCCAAGCUAGAGAGCGGAAAUCUUGACGUCUCUCAAAAGCAAGUGGCGUAUUCAGGAUAAAAGGAAAUUGCUCGCUCUGAAUGAAGAAUGAGAUUCCUGGCGGAUUUUUAUUCCUGAAGAGACGACAAAAUCAAGUUAUUAAAAUCCAAAUUCUAAUCGUAAUUAUCGAAAUAUAAUUCGCACGAUAUGCACGGAAAUUAUUCGGCGCGCUGCGAGCCGGGCCUGGUGAUACCGGUCUGGCAACCGGAAGAGAACUUACACCUGAUGGACAUCAUCUUCCGGGGUCUAGUAUAUUUCUUUCUGAUGUUAUAUCUGUUCAUCGGCGUGUCGAUCAUCAGUGAUCGUUUCAUGGCGGCUAUCGAGGUAAUCACGUCCAAGGAGAAGGAGCUGGUGGUGCGUCGUCACGGUAGAGAGCCGCAGAUCGUCAUUGUGCGAGUAUGGAAUGAGACGGUAGCUAAUCUGACUCUGAUGGCGCUUGGCAGCAGCGCGCCCGAGAUCCUGCUGUCAAUCAUUGAGAUCUGGGCAAAGAACUUCCAAGCUGGCGAACUUGGCCCGGGCACGAUCGUGGGUUCCGCCGCAUACAACCUCUUCGUCAUCAUCUCCCUGUGCGUGUUCGUGAUUCCGAACGGCGAGACUCGCAAGAUAAAGCAUCUGCGCGUCUUUUUCGUUACCGCCACCUGGAGCAUCUUCGCCUACGUGUGGCUCUAUAUUAUCUUGGCGGUCUCCAGUCCGGGCGUGCUGGAGAUCUGGGAGGGCUUACUGACUUUCGCCUUCUUCCCGGCUACAGUUUUGACGGCUUACAUCGCUGAUCGCCGAUUACUGAUCUACAAGUAUCUGCACAAGGGCUACCGGAUGAAUAAGCGAGGUGUGAUCGUGCAGGCGGAGGCCGGGGAUUCUGAGAUAGGGGUGGAGCUGGAGAUCAAGCCGCAGCAAGAUGGUCUCCACGGUAUGGUGGAUCGCCUGGCCGACAUUGACUCCCCCGAAACGAGAGAGUUCGAGCAGACCCGAAGAGAUUACAUCAACACAUUGAAGGAAUUGCGGAAAAAGUAUCCCACUCUGCCAUUGGAGCAACUAGAGGUCAUGGCACACGAGGAGGUGCUGGGCAAGGGUCCGAAGAGCAGGGCUUUCUAUAGAGUGCAGGCUACGAGAAAGAUGGUAGGCGCUGGCAAUCUCAGCAGGAAGAUCAGCGAAAGGGCGCAGAGCGACCUCAGCGAGGUCAAGGCCGAGUUGCAGAAAGCGGAGGCCGAGAGUAUCGACAUCGAGCACGUCAACGCCAUGAGAGUGUUCUUCGAGCCGGGCCAUUACACCGUAAUGGAGAACGUUGGAACCUUUGAGGUGGGAGUCACUCGAGCCGGUGGUGAUCUUAAUAAAACCUGCAGCGUGGAUUAUUGCACGGAGGAUGGCUCUGCCGAAGCGGGAUCUGACUAUGUGAGCGCCAAGGGCACCCUGACCUUCGAGCCCGGCGAGACCAAGAAGACUAUCAAGCUUUCGGUUAUUGACGACGAGUUGUUCGAAGAGGACGAGCAUUUCUAUGUCAGACUCAGCAACGUAACGCAGCCAGCGAUGCUCGUCUCGCCGAGUCUGGCGACGGUGAUGAUCUUGGAUGACGAUCACAGUGGCAUCUUCGGCUUCCCCGAGAGAGACGUGGAGCUAGUGGAGAGCGUGGGCCAGUAUCCUCUGCGAGUGGUACGCUACAGCGGAGCCCGGGGCCGCGUCAUCAUCCCUUAUCGCACCAUGGAGGGUACCGCGAAGCCUGGCAAACAAUACGUGCACACUGAGGGCAGCCUGACCUUCGAGGAUAAUCAGACAGAGAAAAUGAUCAAUCUAGAAAUCAUCGAGGAGGAUUCUUACGAGAAGGAUGCUCUCUUCUAUGUCGAAUUGGGCGAGCCGCUGUUGCAAGGAGCGGAGGCAGGAAUCGCGGCGACAGCCGAGAUGAAACAACCGGAGGAGAGAACGGAGGAGGAGAAAAUGGCGUUGCUGGGCAGACCGCGGCUGGGCGAGGUAUCCCGGGCUCAGAUCAGGAUCAAAGAGUCCAAAGAGUUCAAGAAUACAGUGGAUAAGCUCGUCCAACGAGCAAACGCCUCUAUAAUACUCGGCACAAGCUCAUGGAAGGAACAAUUUACGGAAGCGCUUACCGUCAGCGGGGGCGAUGAAGACGAGGAGGGUGGUCAGCCCUCUUCACCAUCGGCGAUGGAUUAUCUCAUGCAUUCGCUCACCAUCUUCUGGAAGGUUCUCUUCGCCUUUGUCCCGCCUACCGAUAUCGCCGGUGGUUACUUGUGCUUCAUCGUCAGCAUCCUAGGGAUCGGGGUUGUGACAGCUGUAAUCGGCGAUGUCGCCUCGUAUUUUGGUUGUACUUUGGGCAUCAAGGACUCUGUCACCGCGGUGGUAUUCGUCGCCCUUGGCACCAGCAUCCCCGAUACGUUCGCGAGCAAAGUGGCAGCUUGCCAGGACAAGUACGCCGACGCGAGCGUGGGCAAUGUCACCGGGAGCAACGCGGUGAAUGUCUUCCUGGGAAUCGGCGUCGCGUGGAGUAUCGCCGCCAUUUAUCGUGCCUGCCACAGCGAGCCGUUUCGCGUUGAACCCGGCAACUUGGCCUUCUCUGUCACCAUAUUCUGCACCGAGGCUUGCUUGGUGAUCGUGGUGCUGUUGAUUAGGCGAACGAAGGCGAUCGGCGGCGAAUUGGGUGGACCUUUUAUACCAAAGGUCAUCACAUCCGUGUUCCUGUUCUCCCUCUGGCUGCUCUACCUCAUCAUGUCCACCCUCGAGGCCUACGGCGUAAUCCAGGGCUUUUAAACUAAGAAAAAGGCCCGUGCGACGCCAUUACGUCGGCCUAUCCACUGCGUAUAUAUCUUAGCUCUGGCGUCCGCCAAGGCGUGUGCUCAACGAAACUUCUAUCCGGAUACAGAAGCGGAAUCGGAAUGGCACGAUUCCGCGAAGAACGAAUUCUGUGCCGGGAACUCAUAAGUUCACCCCUGACCUGAGACAAUUAACAACGAACGUGAUCGCAUGACGUAUUAAAUGCGUGGAUACGUGUAUGUGUGUGCGUAUGCGUGUGUAAGAUACUUGAUAUAGCGCAAGUGUGCGUGCUUGCGUGAAUCCGUCUAAUGAAGAGAAGAAAGAGAAUCGAUCGAAGAGAGAAUGAAUGAAGGAAGAAAAAAAAUAAGGUGGAGAAAAGUGCGCGAGAAAAAGUGAGUUUGCCUUAAAAUAAUUCAAAAAAAAAAAAAAAAAAUAAGUGCGUUCUAGUCAUGCCGAAUUUUCCGCGAGGAGAAUUCGGCUGCAAUCAAAAAGAAAAAGAGAAGAAGUGACGAUAAUAUAAGAGAGUAUACGUGUGUGUGCGCGGAUAAAAAAGAAAAUCUCGCGAGUACGUACGUGUAUUUAUUUAAUCCUCGAAGGAGAGGGUUUCGCGACUACGAGGGUUUCUAUGGUAUUUUAGUAGCGGACUGUAUUGUGCAAUUUCUUUUUUCGCCAGAGAAACGCGAUGUCGCUAAUUUUAUAUACACGUAUAUAUUAUUGUACGAUAUAUUCCUUUUAUGUGUCGAGGGAGUCUCUCUCUCUCUCUCUCUCUUUCUCUUUGAUGUCGGAUCGAUUUAUGUAAGAAGAUUUCGAAGGAGUGCAGAAGCACCUGAGGAAAAAUGAGCAACUAUUGAACGUAGUUGUGCAAUACAGGACCAGCUUAAGAAAUCAAAUUUUUAAUCUCUCUUUUUCAUUUCGUAACAUUUUAAAAGUUAUUUCCUACUCUAAUGUUACAUAGCUCUGACAAUGAUCGUUUCAUUAAAAAUAUCUUUUUUUCCUCGACGUAAUUGUUUCGGUAAAAUGUAUGUUGUUUGCGACGAAACGCCAAAGUAAAACUUGCAAUCUUUAAGAUUCGAGAAAUGGCGAUUGGUCCGACAUUGCACGACCGCGUCGGAUUUGUGGUAGAAUUCAAAAACAUAGUGCAUUUUAUCGUCGCAAUAAUUGCAUAGCCAGAAAAUGUGUGUAUGUGCGUGUCUGUACCACACGCGUACGGAUCUAGUCGGAUUUGCCAUUUUGGUGAGAUUUGCCAAAUGGUCAAAGUUACAAUAGGAAAGGUCAUCCUUUCAUCUCGGAUCUAGAACAGUCGAGUGUCAUUGCCAUCUGUCAUGUGUGGAAUAAAUAAAUAAAUGACUUUUUGACAAACGACCGCAAGUAAAUUGCGCGAUUUAUUUUACGUGUGAAAGAUCGGGUAAGCUUCCAAAAAAUGGGACAAAAAAUUGUUGUUAAAAUCUUUUUUAAAAAGUUUUUUUUUUUCAUUGUAAAUGCCAUGUAUAAUGGUUUAAAUUUCAAGGUGAGACACAUGGCGUAGUAGAAUUUAGAGCAAUCUUAGGUAACCCGGUUGACGACUUAUAAAUCCCUCUCAGCGCGUUCGCGACAAAAAAAAAAAUUACACUUUCCCGUUGUUUAGAUUAAAUUUCUACACAGAAACGUAGACUAGAUUUUCCUUAAUACGAGUCAAUGUUAAUGGCUCGUCUGUCAAAUCGUAUCUUUCAAUCCUUAUAUAGACGAAUAAUUUAUAGAGAGCAUUCAUAAACGAGUCAUAAUUACUUGGAUUUAUGGAUGGUUUCAUUACAAUCGUAAUGAAAUCAUCCAUUGAUCAAACAAUUCUCUUUGUCGCCUGUCAUUGAUUCUUGAAAAUUGUAACAUUAAUUAUAAUUAUGCAUAAUUAUAAUAUGCUUCAUUGAACUUGAAACCAGCAAUUAGAAUAACUAUAUUAUUUCCAUAACAAUCCAACACAUACAAGUGCAGGAUUCCGUAAGAAUUUAUAAAAUUACUGAAUAACAUUAUUAACAAAAUAUGAAAAAUACAAUUUUGAAAACAGAUCUCGCUCUCAAACCUUAAAAAUUUAGACAAACCUUAAAAGACAUAAAAAAAAAAAUCUGGAAAAGAUAUUCUUUGAACGGAUAUCACUAUUUUUAUUAUUUUUUUUAAUAAACGUCAUUAAAGAGAGAUUUCGAGAUUGUCGUCAAUCGGGGAAAACCACGUGAAUCGUUAACAAACAUAAUAACUAUCUUGCCAGCAAGAUCACGUUAUUAAAUACCAGCAGAAACAUAUUUACAAUUGUUAAGGAUAGCUAGAAAUCGCGACAAACGUUGAUUAGACUUGUCCCUCCCCUUCUCCCCCCGCGAGUUGCAUCGCGGCCUUCGUUCGAAUGUAUAAAUCGCACUCGUUCUUUUUUCAAAAUUGCAACAUAGAGGAUUACAUUUCUUUUCCGCGAUCGAUGUGUAAUCUAAUAUGUGUGGAAUCGAAUGUUUUGAAUUUUUGUUUUAUGCGAUUACAUUCUAUCGCGACAUUCUUGUACGUCAAACGCUCAAAUACAUCGACGUAAUGAUGAAAAAAAUAUGAUUCUUUACGGUGUCAAUUUUGAAAAGAAGGGGCGUAUAAAAUGUUCUCGUUAAUCUUCACUGCCUUUGUUCGAGGGUCGCGUGAUACGCGGGGCGAACAGUUAUUCAACAAUUAUUCGAAUUAGGCGCACUAUGACCCAAUGACACCCAAUUUAGGAUGUUUAAAUGACUCCCGAUAUGAUACCGCUUCGAAAUCACAUCUGCAUACACAAUCUGGAUUCAGAUAUACGUAUGUCAGAGUGUAUCUGACUCCCCCUUCCCCCUGGCCCCAUUUGCGCCACCAGUAUUGAAUUUUAAGUUUGCAAUUGUUACAAGAAUCUCGUACGAUUUUAGGGAGAUUUUUAGAGUACGUAUGAAUAGACGGCCGUUUUUAGAGUGCGCGACAUGUUCUAUGGACAGAAGCAAAGAAAUACCUCAUAUGAACAUGACUCGAAUAUUAUUGCUAGCAUUUUGUAACCGGCUUUUGUAACACGCACUGUGAAGGAAGAAAUUGUUUCUCACACACACAUUCUCUCUCUCCCCCUCCUCUGUCAACAAUUAAUCUCAGAUAAUCUCUGUGGUGUCUUAAGCUGAGGUGCUCUCUUUUACAGGAUGUCGCUUUAAAAUUGUUGCAUCUUAAACGAGCUGCACGCACGUGGAUAAGCUCGUUACAUGUUUGUUUCUGUGAGUAUCAAUCUAAUGCAUCUGAAGUGACAAAUACGACAUAAUUAAUGGCUGCUGCACAAUAUUAUGAAAGCGCGGCAAUGAGCAAUUGAUUGAUAGCGCUAAUGAUUAAUGAAUGAUCAAUUCUGAUUCUCAAGCUGUUGCUUUAUUUGCGGCAUAUAUAUAAAAAUACAAUUUAGAAAAGGACAGCGAAUCGUUUUUGAUAAUUAUUUCAUGGUGUAAUACUGCUCGCGAUGGAACUCUCUCUCGUUUUUUUUUUACCUUGUAUUUUCCUCUCUCUCUCUCUCUCUCUCUCUCUCUCUUUCUCUCUCUUUUUUACAGUUGUAUUGGAUUAUGAUGUCAAAUAUAAAAGAUUAUGCAUUAGUUUUUUUUUGCAAUUUGAAAAUCAUCUCUCAUAAAUUAAUACGAGAAUAAACGCCAUUUCAUCUAAAUUUAUAAAUCGCUUUUAUUUUAUAAAAUUGAAAGUAAAAUUAAAAUUUCAUUGAUUGAAACGUUUGUUUGAUUUAUUUAUAUUACUUAAUCUCAAUUAAUUCUGUAAAUAAACUGUCAAUUUUAUAUUUUACAAGUUUAUUUUAUUAAACGUUAAUGAUAAAAUGGAGAAAAUAACUUGUUUAUUUCCAGGCAUUAUUCAUAUAAAAAUAAUUCAUAUAAUCUUUCAGCUUUGGUACCAUAAUCCAACAUGACUGCAAAAUAUAAUAUCUAGUCAAAUCAUCGGCUCGAUCUAAUUGAUUUGUCGAUAUCGUGCUUUCAGAAAAAAAUUUGAAUUGGUUUGAAUCCGAUUUAUUCGUAUAUUCCGUUUUUCAUUUCAAAAUACAAAAUUUUCUUUCGAUCUUAAAAAAAUUGCUUUUAUUCAAUCUGAUAUGUAAACUAAUGUGAUUGCUCGACCUCCAAUAUUAAAUUAAUAUUUAUUAAAUAAUCCUAAUAAGAUGCGAUAUAUUAAAUAAAAAAAAAAAUGUAAAACUUUCAGUAGAACAAUGUCUCAAUUAAUUACGUUACUUAUAUUUUCGCUCAAUAUAUUUUGUGUAAUAAUAUGUUAAAUUAUUAAAUAAUAUGUUAAUUUAUUUUUUA